CUCGGGAUCGAUCGGAGUAGGGGCGGGAUGACGCGGGGCAAGCAGAAGAUCGACGCGCAGCGGCGGAGCGCGGAGAAGAACCAGAAGUCCAAGGGCUCCCAGCUCGAGGCCCGCGCCGAAGGCCUCAAGAUCGUCUGCCCCGUCUGCAAGACGCAGUUGGCCAACGAGAAGCAGUUGAUUGAUCACUACGGCUCCAAGCAUCCCAAGGAGAAACCUCCAGGUCCAUCCAACGCAUAAAGAUUGUUGCACACCCAGAUGCGGAAGAAGCGUGAGCUAUGCUCCUUACAUGGUUGACCCCGGCUUCAGUUUUACCGUAUAAUUAAGUGUAUGCGUUUCCUCUAAAGAGCCCUGGUAGCUGGUAAGCAUGUGCCCUCUAUGGGGAUCUUGUGCUUUGGUACCCCCUAGAUGUACCUUCGAAAUGUAUGCGGUACAAUCUUGGGAUAAAAUAAUGGUAAACUGCAUAUGUUAAGCCUCUUGUUGCGUGGUGCUGUUUGAAGUAUAGUUGAUAUUUA